AACAAGAGCAAUUACGAUAAUUCAGUCAGCAGUGCCAGAUGGUGUCGGCCAUAGUCGAGAGAAAGAUUGAAAUGAAAAAAAACCUGAUGCGGGGCAAUGUGCUAAUUCGGCCAUUAGAACACAUUAUUGGCGCGUAUGACGAGUCAAUUUAUUUUUUCAUUAAAAGUGCGCGCAUGUAUUGGGUUGCGGCUGCUGUUUUUUCUCGGCUGAGCUGCAAGGGUGAUAAGGCCAACUUAUCGGCGUGGCCACGCAGCCUGCCACAGGAAGCACACACACGCUCUCAGUACUCGGCUCCUGGACGCAGCGCCGAUCAGUCACGACGCUGAGGAGAUGCUGACACGCGCUCCGUGACCUAAACAACAGCUACCCCAACCCCCUCGCACCCGCAGCAGCUCUCUUGGACGGUUUUCCAGCGCCAUGGCAGGAGAAGAUGUUGACAAGUUCGCGAGCAUCUUCCUGUCCGGAAUCAUGCCUCCGAGCGACGACGACCUCUUUUUGGCCGACCUACCCCCGCCGCUCGAAGACUUUCCAACCACCGAUUACGGCAACAACCUGUUUGACUCCUCCGACCCUUACUGGAGCACCACCAUGAUUGCAGACAUCAACAAUGACUGGGUCAACAUUGAAGGCCUGUUCGGCGAGGCAUCGGCAGCAAGCGAGUCGGCGGCGGCGAUGCCAGAGCGGACGCUGCUCUGCACGGACGACUGCAACGACUACCUGAACGAACUGAACGCGGCGCUGCAACUGGUGCCGGCGACAACGGGGAUGGCGCCGCCCUUACUCGACUCGCCCCUUGUGGUGCUCGGUGUGAGUCUGGAGGGUUGCAGCGGCGCUGCUGGGAAUAUUCUCCAGCAGCCGGAGGCGCCGGCCGCCGUGAAGACGAGGGGCGGCGGCGAGCACCAGGAGGCCCGCUCUUUUCUCUGUCCCUACUCCAAGUGCGGCAAAAUCUACGCCAAGUCUUCGCAUCUCAAGUCGCACCUUCGCAGACACACUGGCGAGAAGCCAUUCAGGUGCACGUGGCCGAACUGCACGUGGCGCUUCAGCCGAUCCGACGAGCUGGCGCGGCACCGGCGCUCGCACAACGGCCACAAACCGUACGAGUGCCUGCUGUGCGAGAAGCGCUUCGCCAGAUCGGACCACCUGACCAAGCACAUCAGGGUGCACCUCCGCCAGGGCUGCUACUGCCUGGCGUGCGACCUGACCGCCGUGCAGAACGGCCUCCGCAAGCGGCCGCCGAGCCAGGUGGGCACGCGCCGCGGCCGCCCGCCCAUCUACCACAGACUGCCGCAGUACUGCAACAACGAGCACUGCGCCAACAAACUCAGGGACAAAGUUCCCCAAGCACAGCAGCAGGAAGAAGUUUGAGGAUGGCAGGAGACACGUUGAAAUCAAAAUAAUUCCAGUCUUUUAUUCAAAUUGAGUGAAUCAAACAUAAUUUUUUCCUCACAGUCAGAUUCACCGAUAUUACCAAAAAAAGACAAUAAAUUUAGGUCUCUUGUAGUUAUUUCAAUCGAAACAUUUCUAACUUACGCUGUGUGAAUUUCACUUAAUUUACAAAUCGCAGCAGUUUUGGGCAGCUUCCAAACUGACUUAAGAUUUGUUUACAUCUGAACGAGCGGCUAAUUGUGUGCAGCAUCUAGGCUAAAUUUAUCUAUACAAUAUUGAUUUUGCAGUUUGUUUGUUGGCUUAUUUUAAAUUUAUGUGUGGUGCGUUUAUUGUAAGCUUAUUUCUCUCUUUUAGAGUGUUGCUCGAUCUCAGUCAGAUAAUUAGCAAAUCUCUUUUGCAUACAUAAAAAAUGUGUUUUCCUUAUACCAAUAACAUUGUAUAUCGUAUUACUUAUGCCGUGUGGGUGCAUUGAUUUAAGAGAAAAUAAAUUUUUCUUCUGCGAUUUAACUCAAAAAAUGUAUUGUGUUCUUCAAGACAAAAAUAAAUCAAAAUAAUACCUUCUAUAAA